ACUGCUAACCUCUCUACUUUUCUUUCAGUUUAAGCUCAUGAUAGCAGAAAGCAUGACUAGUGUAGGAGAAGAUACAAUAGAAACCGCUGCUCUGGGGAGGCCCUUUCAGCUGGGAAUGCUGUAUGACUGCAGAAAGGACACGUUAAUUCCUGGAAUCACUCUUUGGAAUCGAGAGCAGCUGCAGCAAAACAAAGAUAUUAGUUCACAAAUUAACACAGAGUUCUCAUUUACAACUUCAGACACAAUUGAGGAAAAAUCAAAGCACAUGAAAGUUGAUGGUGAACUGACACUGAGCCUUUUGGGAGGAAAUGUCCAGCUUAGUGGGGCAGCCAGAUAUUUCAAUGACACUAAAAAGUCAUUUAAACAAGAAAGGGUGACGCUGCAUUACAAGACAACCUGCAGAUUCGAGCAGUUGACCAUGAACCAUCUGGCACAAGGAAAAAUGGAUCACCAUGAGGUAUUUGACCUCGAUGUUGCAACACAUGUGGUUACAGCAGUGCUGUAUGGAGCAGAUGCCUACUUUGUGUUUGAUAAAAUGGUGAAUUUAUCUGAAGAUGGAAGCUCUGCAGAAGGAGAAGGAGGGAUUAACCUUGAUAACCUGAAGAAAGUCUUUUCUGUUGGUGAUGCACAUCUCACAUCAAAUAUAAAUGAAAAGGAUGAGGCUGAACUGAAAAACCUGAGUUGUACAUUUUAUGGUGAUUUCAAGUUGCCCUCUAAUCCAUCAUCAUUUGAAGAUGCGAAGAAGGUUUACACUGAACUUCCUAAGUUGAUUGGUGAGAAUGGAAAAUAUGCAGUGCCUGUAAAGGUGUGGCUUUUUCCUCUUGUUAAACUGGACUCAAGUGCAGGCAAACUUCAAAGAUACAUCACUACAGAUCUCAUUAGAGCUGUGGAGUCAGUAUUCGAGGCUUUAAAUAUAAUAGACAUGAAAUGUAGUGACCUGUUGCAAGACACAGUGGCGAAAACAUUCAGCACAUUUCACAAUCAAGUGCAGCACCUUCAGAAAUUCUGCUUCGAGUACAAGCAAGAUUUCAUGAAAAAAUUAGCAGAUCUCCUGCCAGAAAUCCGUGGAGGUAAAACAGAUAUAAAGCACCUAACUGAACUUCUGAAAGCCCAUGAGAAAUCUCCAUUUAAUGCAUGUGAUCUACAGCAGUGGAUAACAGUGAAAGAAAAAAAAUCCAACCAAUUAAAAGCACUGCUAAAGCAGCUCUGUGGCCAUGGAGCAGAAGUGACUGAUGACAUAGACAGAUAUCUACUGGAGUUGAAUGUGGAGAAUUUGGUUGCUUAUGCUUUUACUUGUCUUCAGGACCAUGAUCCCUUCCUGACCAAACAAAAGAUCUACCUGAACCCUUCAACAAUAAAAACCCCCAGUGAAAAUACACAUGAUCUGGGUUUUCAGGAAAAAUCAUGGACUUCUAAAGAAAUCAUGUGCAUGAAGAAAGAGUUGAAAAUGUUUCGUGACUUGAUUGCUUUAAAUAAGAGUCAAACCACAAAAUUCAUUGUCCAAAGCAUCCCUCAGGCAUCACCUUCCACAGCUUCCUGCAUUCUUUUGUAUGAAAAUGGAUGCAGUGAAGCUGUCUGUUUUGUUCCUCCAUCAAAGCCAACAUCUCCAAUCAUUGAAUCUGUCACAGAAAACAGCAUAACAGUAAAGUUAAGCCCCUCAUGUUCUGCCACACUGCAGAGGAAGCUGCUGUACAAAAUGAAACAAGAUAAUGACUGGAAAUCUCAGCCUGUACAUCAGGAUAUAAUUAGAUUGACAGAUCUCCAAGAAAACAAUGAUUAUGAAAUAAAAUGUGCAGCAGAAGGAAAACUUGACUACAUAGUUGAAAGUGAUGUAAUCACUGUCUCACCUAAAAAGCCUGAGCAGACAUGCAGGGGAACACAUAAAUGUGAAACAGCCCAAAACAUGACUGCUCACAAGUACUUCAUAAUUUCAACUGGAAGUGAAUCAAAAUCCUUAGAAUCCUUCAUGAAUCACCUCAAAAUUGAAAUACCAGAUCUGACAAAGGUUAACACAGUGGACAAGUGUGAUUUCAUUCUGCUUUUCUGCUCGGCUACACAACUUGGAAAUAUCACUGAAGCAGACAACAAACCUGCUGUCAUGGUGGUGGCCCAUCAAGCAACUGAUUCAGACUGUUUUUUACCAAACAGCAGCAGAGUCGUAAACCGAGGGAACACACUCACAGUUGAAUGUCUGUUCAAUAAAGAUAAGAAAUUUAUGCCAUGCGGCAAGAACUAUAAUGCAAUUAACAGCAUUAAAAAGUGGAGGAUUUUAUUGUAAUAAUUGUUUUCUGUUCUAAUUUGAAAAGAUGUAUAUUGUAAUUUAAUGAAGUGAAAAUACAUACAGUGGAUUUAGUUUUUGACUCUAGAACUACAGUAGUUCUCAAGACAAAUAACAGUAAAUGUAAGAAUUAAUGAAUUUAUGUUGUGUUGUACAGUAGUUUGCUAAUAUAAAAGUGUUGAUCAGGGAAAUGCUUUAUUUUGUUGUUAAUCAAAGGCAUAGACCAGACAAAAUGUGGACAAAUAUUGUAUUUAUGUAAAAAUCACAAAACCAGACCAAGAGAUACAUGGUACAGUAUUUAUACUGUAUAAGACAGUGCUUAGUCCUCACUGUCACCUUGCAUCUCCAGGGUACAUGUUCGAUUCAAAGCCAGGUUUGAUUCCCACCUCUGUGUGUGGAGGUUGCAUGUUCUCCCCAUGUUUAGUGGGUUUCCUCCAGGUACUCCUCAGGGUCUCCUUUCACAGUCCAAAGUCAUGCAGAGUAGGCUAAUUGGCGUUCCCAAAUUGAAUGAAUAUGUGAGUGCAUGUGCCCUGUGAUGGAUUGACCCCCCUGUCCAGCAUGUACCUAAGUCUCCUGGAUAGGCUUCAGGCCUCCAUCAACACUGUACACUGUAAAGCGGUGUAGACAAUAAGAGUAAGACAAGAUGAAUAGUAAUUUACUCAAAACACAAUAUUGUAAUAUUUUGGGUUGCAGGAUUUUUUUUUUCAUAUGCUGAAAGGUAAAAAUUAAAACCAGUAAGGCUUGAAAUAUUUCACAUUAUGUGUAAUAAUUAUUUUAAAAAAAAUGAAUCAUAUAUGCAUGUAAGAAACUAAACAAAAUAAAUCUGAUUAAUUAAUUGAUCUAUAAUUUUAUUUCUAGUGUUAUUGUAAAAUAUUUUGUUUGUCUUUAAAAAGCCAAUGAGCUUGAGUUUUAGAAAUAACUGAUUUCAUGACAUUCAUAGUUGAAAUAUUUUAAUGCAAUGUUUAUACUAAAUAUUUAUUGUUAAAAGUUGAUUUAUUAGUUGUGCAAUGUAUUCAUGUAUUAUUGAUGG